CAUAUUUCGAAUAUUCAGCCGAAACUGAGUCGAUGAAACGGUGACCAACCCUUGGCUAACGCAUACUGCGUAGUUGGUUAAGAAUUUACUGUAUUCAACAAGGAAAAACGAAAAACGAAAAGUUGUACAUUGACUGUGUGAGACUUAUAAGGAAUCAGCAAGUGGUGCAUCUUGUGCCAAGUACCUAUAUCAGUAAUGUUCGGACAAACUGGAAAUACUUCCUUUGGAGGAUUUGGUGCAGGAACCCAGAGUAGCCCAUUUGGUCAAUCUCCAUUUAGCAAGCCAAUCACAACAACGAGUUUUGGUGGAACAACUGCACCAGUAUUUGGUAGUAGCAACAAUUCUCUGUUCGGCACGAAGCCUACUGGAUCAACUAGCGGAGGUCUUUUUGGUAGCACUGCAACCACACCUGCCUUUGGGCAGCCAGCUACUAGUCAGUCGUCAUUUGGAGGAUUCAAUAGUCCCAGUACAAAUGCUGGGCUAUUCGGUGGUCAGCAAAAUGCAAAUACUAGCUUGUUUGGUGCUACCAAUCCUGCUCCAGCUUUUGGACAACCCACAAAGCCGGCAGGGUUUGGCUUUGGAAAUACGACAGGAACUGGACUUUUUGGACAGACUCAGCAGCCUACUCAACAAACCACACCUUCUCUUUUUGGAGCAUCUAAUACAACAACCAAUACUGGCCUGUUUGGAACUGCAAGCGGUUUUGCAGGUAACAAUACAGCAGGUGGAAUGACCGGUACAAUGGUGAAGUUCAGUCCUCUGACCGGCAGUGAUACAAUGAUAAAAAAUGGUGUGACCCAAACAAUAUCAACUCGCCAUUAUUGCAUCACUUGUAUGAAAGAGUACGAAGGCAAGUCAUUAGAAGAAUUACGUUUAGAAGAUUACACAGCUGGUCGUAAAGGCCAGGCGCAAGGAGCCCAAACCACUGGAUUGUUUGGAUCACCAGCACAACCCUCGCUAUUUGGUAAUCCUGGAGUUAACACCAGUACUGCUAAUACAGGAUUUGGAUCAGCAACAGCUGGUUUUGGAGCUACUAGUCAGCCAGCAGCUACUUCUGGGUUAUUUGGAGCAGGAAAACCAAUGACUGCUUUUGGAGCUGCAGCAACUACAAACAGUACAUUCCCCUUCCAGUCAACUACGACAACGUCGAAUCCAUUUGGCGCAAACACUCAAGCUAAACCUUUUGGAGCUGCUGCACCCACACCACUGUUUGGCUCUACUAAUACCACUCAGACACCUGCUACAGGCUUUGGACCAAAUAAUACUACUACAUUUGGCACUUUUGGAAAUCCACAACCUAAUCAGACUAUUGGACUUUUCAAUCAGCCCAAAUCAGCCUUCAAUAUGCCUGCAUCUUCAGCUAGUACUGGCUUUGGUGGAUUUGGACAGAAUACUGCAACAAAUGCUACCGGAGGUUUAUUUGGUGCAAAACCUGCUGGUACAACAAGCUUUGGUGUCGCACCACCUUUUGGAGCCACACCUGCACCGACUUUUGGAGCUAAUACAGCUUUUGGUGCAUCACAAAAUACAGGAAACUCAUUAUUCAACUCAUCCUUCAAACCUGUCGGACAAACUGGAUUUUCAUUCGGUGCCACACCCUCUACUUCUACAGGACUGGGGGUAAAUACCGGACUAAAUCUUGGAACUGGUUCUAUGUUAUUUGGGCAAACAAAACCCAGUGGCCUCUUUAGUAACCCAGCACCUAAUCCGAGUUUCAACAGUGGAGGUGGUUUUGGAAUGGGUACUAAUUUUGGAUCCAAUAACAAUGCCAUUGGAACUGGAUUAGGGACAAUAGCUGGAGGAAUCGGAACAAAUCCAACACCACAGAAUUCUGGAUCCAUGCAAGUCCACCAACAAAUCUUAGCCUUGGUUUCAGCCCCAUUUGGCGAUUCCCCGUUACUCAAAAACUUGUUACCUGCUUCAGGUAAAACGGAAGAUCUUUUGAAGCCAACAAAUGCAACAGCAAGAUCUUUGAAUAGUCCUCAAUACAAAAUAGCCACUAAUAACAGUUCUCCAAAGGUUAAAGCUAGAGCAGUAACAAACGCGCAACUUUCUAAGAAAUCAUUGUUCGAAGGAUUGGAAGAAGAAGAUCCGAUCUUACAAGAAGCAUUUCAGCCUCGAGCCAAUGCAAAGAGGCUUGUACUGCGUCCGAAACCAAUAACUGUGACGGACGUGCAGUCGAUAGAUCGAGUUGUAAACUCAGUUGGCAUCAAAGAGUCUCAAACCUCACAAGAACCUAUUACAGAAAGUGCAAAUAAAGAAAACUUACAACAGGAUGAUGUCCCACGCCCUGCCGACGACAGACGUUCUUCUACAUCUUGGCUCAAAUCAACUCUAUCAAGGAAAAAUAAAUCACCAGUUGAUGAAUUUGAGGACCAUCAAAUGAUGUUUGGAGUGUUCGAUACUUUGGAGGAAGGUGCUGAUGAUACUGUUGCAGAAUUGAGAACACACAAAAAGCCUCUGAAUGUAUCUCAGACUGCAACACUGCUUUCAGCUGGAGACAAUGCUCAGAACUCUUCUAACAUUGAUAGGAGUGUAUUGAACUCUUCGCGUAGCUCUGAUACGAGUCAUGAGCAUGAUGAAACUCCCGCCAUGGUAUCUCAAACAGAACAAGAGCCGAAUGCAGCUUGUGUCACACUGCAUCGUAUCGGUUACUACACAAUUCCCUCUAUGGAUAAACUUGAGGAAUAUGUUCGCGGACAAACUUGCAUUGUACCUAACUUCACAGUGGGUCGCAGAGGAUAUGGAAAUGUUUAUUUCCCAGACGCAAUUGAUAUUUAUGGCUUGAAUCUUGAUAAAAUUGUUCAUUUUCGAAACAAAGAGGUCAUUAUUUAUCCUGAUGAUGAACAGAAGCCAACCAUGGGUGAAGGAUUAAAUCGCAGAGCACAAGUAACUCUCGAUCGUGUAUGGCCACUUGACAAAACUCUACGUCAACCAAUCACUGAUCCCCAUCGUCUAGCUGCAAUGGAUUAUGAAGGAAAGCUUCGCCGAGUCUCUGCUAAACAUGAUACCAAAUUUCUGGAAUACCGUCCUGAAACUGGAUCAUGGGUCUUCAAGGUCGAUCACUUUUCAAAAUAUGGACUCAGUGAUUCUGACGACGAUGAUGACAAUAUUCCUCCAAAUUCUGAUCUAAAGAAAUUGAAAGCCACAGUUGAGGCAGAAUCAAAACUUAUAGGAGCAAUAAAAAAGCCACAGCCCGAAAAACAGUCAUCAGACCCAAAGCAACAGAUCGGUCUUGUCGGAGUUACUGACGGAUUGAGAGACAACCAAGAUACGUCCCUCACUUUUCAAAGCGAGAUUUUGGACGAAACUCACAUGACCUUAGAUGAUCUUUAUUCAAGUCACCACGAAAAAGAUAAAUCCAUGGGUCUCAGUCCUUCUGCAAUCUUCGCACGUGUCACGAGAACAGACAGUCAUAAAUUACAACUGAUGAAAGCUAGCUUUUUUGAUACAGAUGACGAAGACAUCGAUGAUGGUAUUCAUAAAGAGCAAAUAAAUUUGCUUGCCAAAAGCUCGACAAAAAUAAUUCCAAGCACAGAAUCCAUAGAAGCUAUGGAGGAGGAUCAAACCGUUCCCUCAUUUUUGGCUAAGGAGUCUGGACUUAUGAAAGAAAAGAAGCCAUCCGAAGUCUCGAAAGUUAAUGCAAUCAGACCCUUUGCUCUACCCCAAGCCUUUUCCUCUCUCAUCGUGAGGCCUGAUACAGUCAUUUUACAAUUUCCGUCAGAAGUUUUGCCAUUAAAAGAAUCUAUUGUUGGGAAACUGAAUGCUCGUUGCACGGCUGAUACAGGUAUUCAAAUGGGACGUUCUUUUCGAGUUGGGUGGGGUCCGGGCCUGUCGCUUAUUUCUCUGAGCACGCAAAAACAAGCAGCUGUGGUACCUUUACAUGGUAAAUUCAGCCAACUCGGAUCUUAUGUAGCGGGUCGUUUACUAAAUGAUAACACAUCAAGUAUUGUACAGCGAUUACAAAUAGUCGGUGGUAGAGGUGGUGAUUCGGACAAUAUUCAAAUUUUCAAGGAGAGUAUAAUUGGUCAUCUUCGUAUACAAUUAGACCAUUGCAUUCUCGGUCAAGAAGGUGAUUGCCCAGCAGUAGGAGCAGGGGUAGGGCCAGCGACGUUGCAUGCUCACUGCAGUCUUGCACAAGAGUUAGCUGAUUCACAAAAUCCGGAUCCUCUGGCUUUUUAUGCAAACCAUGUGUGGAAUCUUUGUGUAGCACUUUGGGGAAAUCUACCUGAUCUACAAUCUGAAACUGAUCAAGUAAAGCACCAAAAUGUGAUGGUUCGAAGAGAGGCACUCAGCGAGUGGUUAGAAAAUGUCUUAACAGAAACGUUGACAAAGGGAAUAUCACAAGAGGAACCAUUGGAUACCAAAAUUCUUUCAUUACUUGCGGCGCAUAAACUAGAAGAAGCUUGCAAAAUCGCACGAGAAGUAGGUGAUCAUUGUUUGGCAGUAUUAAUGGCUCAACUUGGAGGAGCACCGAGUGUCAGAGAAUUAAUCAAGCAACAACUAGCAGUGUGGCAGUAUACUGAAAGUGAUGCUCACCUUUCGCCGCAUAAGCUGAAGCUAUUUAUGCUCGUUGCUGGAGAGCCCAUUAUAUCUUUAAAACAUGGAUUUAUCAAUGCAUGCGAGGCACUGGAUUGGAAACAAGCACUGGGUCUUCAUCUGUGGUACGUGUGUCCUCCUACUGCAUCAAUUACGGAUGCAGUUAACCUAUACGAAUCUGCUUUUAAUGGAUCUGAGGCAGAAGCGUAUGCAUCACCACCGACCCCCGUAUACCAAGAGGAGGAUUAUGAGGCAGAAAUAAGCAGUGGAAAAAAAAUUCAAGACUUAUGUUUCCACUUGUUGAAGCUAUACUGCACCGGUAACCAUCCUCUUGAGCAACUUUUGAAUCCACUGACUCACACUGUAGAUCCGUUGGAUUACAGAAUUAGCUGGUUAAUACAACAAGUGCUCGUGGCGAUUGGCUAUUCACAUUUGUCCGACCAUGUUGCUGCAUUGACACAUGUAAACUUUGCUGCACAAUUAGAAACGUAUGGACUCUGGCAUUGGGCGAUUUUUGUGAUAUUGCAUCUGAAAGAUACAGGUAGACGGCGAUCGGCAAUCAUUGAUCUUCUGUCGCGUAAUGUCCAAUUAGACGAGACCACUGAAUAUAUUAAACAAGAAGAAUUCCUGAAAGAAGAACUUGGCAUACCUUCAAUGUGGAUCAACAAAGCAAAGGCCACCAAAGCUCGUGCCAUGAAAAGGUAUGGCGAAGCUGCUUGGUAUCACAUCCAAGGUGAACAAUGGAAUAUGGCUCAUGAACUCAUAAUUGAUCACUUAGCUGCUGAUGCAAUUAUAAAUGAAAAUUUGGAAUAUCUAAAGUCAUUGUUAAGCCCACUAGUCCCAACUGAAGCUCACAGCACCAUUAAUGGAUGGGCGCACGGAGGACAAUUACUGUGGGAUUAUAUGUUGAUAACUGCAGAAGUAGAAGCGUUACUUGCUGGAAAGUCUGACAGUACAAAUAUUGGUUAUAAACUUGAGUUGUUGCAGCCAGAACUGAAAACCUUGUGUGCAAAGAUCAAUCAAUUUCCUUGUCCAACGGCUAAGCACAGGUUGUGUCAAGCAGAAAUAGCCAAAAGAACUGCACAUUUAGUUCGGAGUUUGGUGCUUUUACAAUCUGAUGGAAAAAGAUCGACUUCCAAAAGUUUGACAAAUUUGGUUAUGCAGUUACCUCUACCAGAAGACUAUGCCCAGCAGGAACUUCACCACAUUGUUAGCAUGUGUGUGAACGAAUUAGGGUCUCAACAGGUCACAUAAAGUAUAAUUAAAUAUCGUACGCAAUUAAAAAUUAUGAACUUUACGCCUAAGGAUAUAGUGACAAUGUAAGAUGAUUUUCAGUCAAGAUAAUUUUCAUCACAGUUUUUUAAUAAUAGUACCGAAUUUCAUUUUCAUAUAAUUUGUUAAUAAUUAACUCACGUGUAAUAAUGCUCCCAAACCCUCGAUUAUAGACCGUGCAGAGGCUACGACUCGAUGUAUUCCAUUUGAAAAUAAUCCUAAAUGUUUUGUCACGUUAAUAUGAUAAUAAAAAAUAUUUUCAACAGA